CAGUUUACUGCAGUGUCGCAACGUACUGUCACUUGGUAAACACAGAGAACCAACCAACAUGUCAAGCUUGGGAGAUGUCGGCAGGAAACUCCUGGAAAUCAAAGCCAGGCAAAAGCGUUCAGAUUUGUAAUUUAGCUCAGAGACGAUUGCCCUUUACCUCACCUUUUGAAAAUGGCCUGUUCGGAAUGUGAGAUUUCCAAAGCUCCUCGGAAACUUAAAAGAUAUGGCUCCAUCUAUGAACCUCUCAAGCUCUCCAUUCUCCACCGGGAGGAUGAGCCACUAUGGGAGAGACUUGACCGUUACUACAAUGCAGUGAAGACCACCAUUCUGAACUACCAGAGCCCUACCACUGGCCUCUUCCCUACCAAGACAUGCUGCAAGGAAGCCAAGGUGCGGGACUCCCUGUAUUGUGCAGCCAGUUCCUGGGCCCUGGCUUUAGCUUACAGACGCAUCGAUGAUGACAUGGGACGCACCCAUGAGUUGGAGCACUCAGCCAUCAAGUGCAUGAGGGGCAUCCUCUACUGUUACAUGCGCCAGUCUGACAAGGUGGAGGAAUUCAAACAGGACCCCAGCCCCUCCAAGUGCCUGCACUCAAUAUUCAAUGUCGACACAGGAGAUGAGAUUCUGUCCUACGAUGACUACCAUCACCUACAGAUUGAUGCCUUGUCCCUCUUCCUGCUCUAUUUGGUGGAGAUGGUCUGCUCCGGCCUCCAGAUCAUCUACAACACGGAUGAGGUAUCUUUCAUCCAGAACCUGGUGUUCUGUGUAGAGAGGGCGUACAGAGUGCCUGACUUUGGAAUGUGGGAGAGAGGGAGCAAGUACAACAAUGGAAGCACUGAGCUGCACUCCAGUUCUGUGGGGCUGGCUAAAGCUGCUCUCGAGGCUAUCAAUGGAUUCAACCUGUUUGGGAAUCAGGGUUGCUCUUGGUCUGUCAUCUUUGUGGACCUGGAUGCCCACAACAGGAACAGACAGACACUGUCCUCCCUCCUACCCAGAGAAUCCAGGUCCCACAAUACGGACGCUGCCCUCCUGCCCUGCAUCAGUUACCCUGCGUUCGCUGUGGAUGACGACGCCCUCUACAGUCAGACCCUGGACAAGGUGGUGCGCAAGCUAAAGGGGAAGUACGGCUUCAAGCGCUUCCUGCGUGACGGCUACAGGACCGCCAAUGAAGACGAGAACAGGAGACACUACAAACCGGCUGAGAUGAAGCUUUUUGAUGGAAUUGAAUGCGAGUUUCCCAUAUUUUUCAUCUUCAUGAUGAUUGAUGGGGUCUUCAGGGGGAACAACGCCCAAGUCAAAGAAUACCAAGAUCUGUUAACGCCUAUAAUUUUUCAAUCUUUUGAGGGCCAUGCUGUCAUCCCGAAGUACUACCGCGUACCUGCCGACUUUGUGGAGGCGGAGCAGAAGAAGCACGGGAGCCAGAAGCGUUUCCCUGCCAACACAGGCCAAGAUGGCAUGCUGUUCCUGUGGGGCCAGGCCCUCUUCAACAUCGCCAGGCUGCUGGUGGAUGAGCUGAUCAGCCCCCAAGACAUCGACCCAAUCAAACGCUACGUACCCCGCCAGGAUCAGAGGAACGUCAGCAUGAGAUACUCCAAUCAGGGUCCCAUUGAUAAUGACACGGUGGUUCAUGUAGCCCUGAUUGCUGAGAGCCAGAGACUGCAGGUGUUCCUGAACACCUAUGGCAUCCAGACUCAGACACCCCAACAGGUGGAGCCCAUUCAGAUCUGGGCCCAGAAGGAGCUGGUUAAUGCGUACCGCUUCCUGGCCGUCAAUAAGAAGCUGGGUCUGAGUGGGCGUCCGGAAAGGCCAGUGGGCUGCAUGGGGACUUGCAAGAUUUAUCGGAUCCUGGGGAAGACUGUGGUGUGCUACCCAAUCGUCUUUGAUCUCAAUGACUUCUACUUAUCCCAGGAUGUCAUGCUGCUGAUUGAUGACAUCAAGAAUGCACUGCAGUUCAUCAAGCAUAGCUGGAAAAUGAAAGGUCGCCCACUCUUCCUGGUCCUCAUCAGAGAGGACAACAUCAAGGGGAGCCGUUUCAACCCAGUCCUGGACAUGUUGGCAUCGUUCAAGAAGGGGUGUGUCGGUGGGGUCAAAGUUCACGUGGACAGGCUUCAGACCCUGAUAUCAGGAGCUAUUGUGGAGCAGUUGGACUUCCUUCGUGUCAACGAAGCAGAAAUCCCAGAGUUUAAGAACUUUCAGGAGCUGGAGAUGCCCAAGCACUCCAAGGUGAAGAGGCAGACGAGCACGCCCAAUGCCUCAAACCUGGAGCAGCAGCCUGAGAUCGACAUCGAGGAGUGGAAACACAAAUCCACCAACGAGAUCAUGCAGAAGUUCUAUGACUGUGACUGCCUGGCCAGUCAAGCACAGCUUGCCAGUAUUCUCAUGAAGAAAGAGGGUCCUGACUUCUUUGCCAAGGAUGAGACCCUAAUGGAAGACAUGGAGAGACUCUACAGAAGAGCUGGGACCAGGAAGCUUUGGCUGGCGGUGCGUUACGCUGCGGCCGUUAUCAUGAAGUUUGCCAGUUCUAUUGCCCCUCAUAUCACCACACUGGUGGUCCAUGGCAAGCAGGUAACGCUGGGACUGUUUGGGCAUGAGGAGGAGGUGAUCUCCAAUCCCCUCUCACCUGGGGUCAUCAAGGGCAUCCUCUACAGCAAGUGCUCCGGGGAGAGGGAGGCCGUGCUGCAGCAGGAGCUGGUCAUCCACAUCGGCUGGAUCAUCUCCAACACCCCCGAGCUGUUCAGCGGCAUGCUCAAGAUCCGCGUCGGGUGGAUCGUCCAGGCCAUGAAGCAUGAGUUGGAGAUCCGAGCAGGAGACAUGCCACCCCAGGACAUUUACCAGAUGUCCCCCAGCGAUGUUAAACAGCUGCUGCUGGACGUCCUUCAGCCACAACAGCACGGCAGGUCCUGGAUCAAUAGGCGUCAGAUCGAUGGUUCCCUCAACAGGACGCCCCAUGGCUUCUACGACCGAGUGUGGCAGACUUUGGAGAGAACUUGUAAUGGCAUCGUAGUGGCAGGGAUCCAUCUCCCACAGCAACCUACUCUGUCUGACAUGACCAUGUAUGAGAUGAACUUUUCUCUGCUGGUGGAAGACACACUGAAGGACAUUGUGCUGCCUGAGUACAGGCAGAUAGUAGUAGAGCUGCUGAUGGUGGUGUCCAUAGUGUUGGAGAGAAACCCGGAGCUGGAGUUCUCGGAGAAGGUGGACCUGGAUGUUCUGGUGAAGGAGGCCUUCCAUGACUUCCAGAAGGACAGGAGUCAGGAGGGGACGAAGAAACAGGAUGACAUGGAGGAGUUCUAUAAGACACCGCCGAUGGGCAGGAGAGGCACCUCCAGUUACCUGACCAAGGCUGUGAUGAUUCAGCUGCUUCAGGGAGACGUGAAGCCCUCCAAGGAUGACCCCUGCUCGGUCAGCUAAACUAAACCCAUUCAGCAGAGUGGAGGAAUCCACCGCUACUCUACUUUGUCGAACUACUAACAACACGCUAAAUUAGUCAGCAGCACUGACUGUUGUUCCACCAGCAAUACCCUCCUUGUUCUGUUAGCUUCAAGCUAUUUACACAGGGUGUAUCAGCUCUUAUCAACACCUUGUUCUGUUAGCUUCAAGCUAUUUACACAGGAUGUAUCAGCUCUUAUCAAAACCUUGUUCUGUUAGCUUCAAGCUAUCUACACAGGAUGUAUCAGCUCUUAUCAACACCUUGUUCUGUUAGCUUCAAGCUAUUUACACAGGAUGUAUCAGCUCUUAUCAACACCUUGUUCUGUUAGCUUCAAGCUAUUUAUACAGGAUGUAUCAGCUCUUAUCAACACCUUGUUCUGUUAGCUUCAAGCUAUUUAUACUGGAUGUAUCAGCUCUUAUCAACACCUUGUUCUGUUAGCUUCAAGCUAUUUAUACAGGAUGUAUCAUAUCUUAUCAACACCUUGUUCUGUUAGCUUCAAGCUAUUUAUACAGGAUGUAUCAGAUCUUAUCAACACCAUUAUUACUGUUAAUAACAUUGAACUGUUACCCACCCGAAAUCCUUGCAUGUAGAAUUGUACGAAUAGCAUUAGCAUUGUGGGGCAGCCCACAUUGUUGAUUUGUAGUUAAUCAAUGGCAUGAUAUGCAAAACUAGAGUUGCAUCCCAGUGCACACUUCUUCUUUUUUUUGUCUGUCUUAGGAAGUCCGGGUCUUUUUGAAAGCCCGAUCGCUGUAUUUUUGUGAAUGUGGUCAUGAGUUCCUUCACUCUAUUAAAAGGAUAUAUUAAGUUGUUUUAUGUUGAUGUGUUUAGACGUGGUUUGAGUGUGCCUAUCCAGUUUAGUGAAUCUGAAUGGAACUUUUUCAAUGUGUGUGUGUGUGUGAUGUUGGCUGAUGUGUUCCGUCACUCUGUCAAGGUGAUUUUGGAAGCUCCAUACUAGUUUCAGAAAAAUAAACUUGAGGAACUUGUGA